CCGAGCAGCACAGAGGAGGAGGCUGUGUUGGGAUUAGGGGGUUGGGCUGCCUGCUGGUCGGAAACCUGCCGCCACACUCCCAGUCUGUCUCCGCCGGAGCAGCGUCGCUUUCCCGCAGCAUCAGCACCAGCACCAGCACCAGCCUCCAGCAGCAGACUCCAGCAUCAGCAUCAGCACCAGACUCCAGCAUCAGCAGCAGACUCCAGCAUCCUCUCCUCCUGCUUCCCACACACACACACACACACACACACACACACACACACACACACACACACACACACACACACACACACACACCCACACUGCCGCAGCGCACAGCAAGCAGACGGACAAGGACGAGCCUCUGAGCAGUCUUCGGGGAAAUAAGGGAGGAUAUAUAAGGCCAGUGAAAGAUGGUGAAACUGGGGAGUAAUCUUCAAGACAAAGGGGCCAAACCUGUGAGCGUGGAGGACGGCUUUCAGAAUGUGCCCCUCAUCACUCCACUGGACGUCGGCAGCCUGCAGAGCCAAGCACCUGACAAGGUGGUGGUGAAAACUCGCACAGAGUACCAGACAGAGAAGAAGAGACUGAAGGUUCCCAAGGUGGAGGAGUUCACCAUCAGCUUCACUGACGGGGUGUCCGAGAGACUUAAGGUGACCAUCCUGAUCAUCCUGGCACUGGCCUUCCUCGCCUGCAUCGUGUUCCUGGUGGUUUAUAAAGCCUUCACCUACGACCACGCCUGCCCAGAUGGAUUCAUUUAUAAGCACAAGCGCUGUAUCCCAGCCUCUCUGGAGGCCUACUACGCCGCCCAGGACGCCAACUCGAGGGGCCGAUUCUACACAGUGAUCAGCCACUACAGCAUGGCCAAGCAGACCACCUCGCACUCCGUCUCCCCCUGGCUUCCUGGAGGGGUGGUGGGGCAGCAGCACGACGCCAAACCCCCCGGCAACGAGGGCCACUGAGUUAGCUGCCAUAACAGAUGUUGUACAAACACAUACAGACAAAACGCAGACGUGACGACACACAUACAGACACGGGCGGGUGCACACACAGACGCACACACACGUAGGGAGAACAUGUAGAAACGUAGACAAAAGAGGUGCACACGAACACAGCAGCUACAUAUGUAAUGCCAAUAUAGAUUGAAGACGUGCAUGCAGACAUGAAAACACACAAGCACAUGCUAGGCCAUAUUGUCUGCCCAUUUCUGUGCUCUUUCUCUGGAGAGCUUUUUCCACUGAUCUUUUGCACUCGUGGAAACAUCGUCAUCGGCUGAUAUACACACACACAGACACAUACACACAGACACACACACACACAGUCUGCUCUGUCGUUACCUUGUUUACUCGCCUCCCUCUAAUUUAUUAUUUAUUGACUGUCAUGAUAUAUUUAUUUUUUACUGUACUGUAUGGAUGUUUUCUAUGUGAUUACCCGGCAACUCUUUGUACAAAGGCACGAGCCAAUGCUUAGCUCGACGCUUCUUCUCUGUGAGAUUCACGUUCAAAGUGUGUUUACUGCAGAGUUACAGUACAGUUAUUAUUUCUUACCUUUCUUGUCCAAACUGUGCAACUUUAGGCAUGUCUUUCAAACACCACACACACACACACACACACACACACACACUCACAGAUCCCAUCAUACCCCAAUCCAGAAUAAAUCAGUAUGGUCUUGUAUUGCUGUAACACAUUUUAUAUAGAACAUUUCAGUUCUAGGGAAGGUUUAAUGUCCACAUCCACAACAAAUCCUGAUUUGAUUGAAUGAUUUUUUUCCCAUCAUGGUUGUUUGAUAGCUCACAUUCAAUGACAUUUCCAAUGUGCUGUGUGAUACAUUUUAAAUCCUCUAGUGACCCAAGCUGUACAUAGAACUGUGAAUUCAGGCUAGUUUUUUGGUGUGUAUGCAUUGUAGUAGCUUUUCUUAGGAGGUUUUCCCCACUUCUAUUCAUUUUUUUGUUUUGUUCGGUUUUACAAUUCCUCCGUGCGAGUUACUGCUUCAGCUGCUAGACCUGUAGCUCCACCGAACACAAUGUUGCAGAGAGAAAGAACAUCGCCAUCUCUUGCCAAAUCUUAUUUUCCGCUGUUUUGUUAAGUUUGUAACGUUGGAUCUGCUGUCAAAGAGCGCUUUUACGAGAUAUUGUGAUGUUGUUAGUUAAUAUGUAGCGAUACCUGGUGUAAUUGAUCAGUGU